AUGAGCAACACGAGGCUGGAUGGUUUUGCGGGGAUCUACGAAAUGGAGAUGGCGAAAUCAAUCAAAGCCAUUCAAAGCUCUGGCGAUCAUGCUCGCGUCAACCUGACCGAUGCAGUCGGCAAAUUUAUCUCGGAUGCAUUUUUGGGAGCUCUUGGCGUUCCUCACCACAAUCCAUCCAAGGUAACAAUCGCAGGCUACGACAUCCCCAAGCACUGCACCGUUCUCAUCCCAAACGGUACUGGACGAGCCCGAGGUGUUUUGCUCGGAGCGUUUCCUGGGCGAUCGAGCGAAAUCCAACCAAGAGCGCAUGAUGCCAUUCCCGGCAUGCCGAUAGCUUCCUGCGUGGUUCCUUUUGUGGUUGCAAACUUGCUCCAUGCCUUUGAUUGGAAGAGUGCAGGCGAGAUUGAUUUGUCCGAAAAGUCGGGAACUCCCUCACAUCCUUGA